GGAGGCGGAGGCGGCGGUGCCCUGCCGGGUGCAGUUCCUGGAGGACGGGGAGCCCUUCUCCUCCGGGGGGGCCGCCUUCCCGGAGCCCCGCCGCCCCCCCGUCCUGGCCCUCCACCCCGCCCGGACCCUCGCCCACCAGCUGCCCCUCCUCCACCGGCGCCUGCAGGCCCCCCUCCCGCUGGAGGAUUGCGCCUUGCAAGUCCUGCCCUCCGGCCACUAUCUGGACCUGGAGCAGUCCCUCCUGGAGCAGAAGGACGAGCUGGAGGGGUUCUUCGAAGACGUCAGCAAAGGCCGGCGGCCCAUCCUGCUCCUGCGCACACAGCUCUCCGUCCGCGUCCAAGCCAUCCUGGACAAGCUCUACACGGCCAAAGGGCCGGAGCUGAGGCGCUCCCUCUUCUCCUUGAAGCAGCUCUUCCAGGAGGACAAGGACCUGGUGCCGGAGUUUGUGAGUUUGGGGGGGCUGACCUGCCUCAUCACGGUGGGGGCCGAGGCCGACCAGAAUUACCAGAACUACAUCCUCCGAGCGCUGAGCCAGAUCAUGCUGUUUGUGGACGGGAUGAUGGGAGUGAUCGGCCACAACGCCACGGUGCAAUGGCUCUACACGCUCUGUGGAAGCAUGUACCGCCUGGUGGUCAAGACGGCCCUGAAGCUGCUCCUUGUCUUCGUGGAGUACACCGAGUCGAAUGCCCGGCUGCUGAUCCAGGCCAUCGCGGCUGCGGAGCAGGCCAGGGGCAGCUUGCCGUGGUCCCCGCUUGUGGCCAUCCUGGAGCCAGAGAGUGGCUCGGACUCAGAGCUUCAGGUCUUUGCCAUGACCCUCAUCAACAAGACCCUGGCCGCCCUCCCUGACCAGGACUCCUUCUACGACGUGACGGACUGCCUGGAGCAGCAGGGCAUGGAGCGCAUCAUCGCCCAGCACAUGGCCAGCAAGGGCACCGACCCGGGGCUCCGGCACCAGCUGGCCAUCUACGAGAGCACCCUGCGGUACGAAGACGGCCUGGAGGAUCCCCCCGAGGGCCCCCCCGGGAAGGAGCGCAGGAAGGGGGAGGAGGGCCGGCGGGGGCCGCGGCGCUCCCUUGGGUACACCUCGGCCUUGGCGGCAUCGGCCGUGGAGAGCGGCAGCGCCCAGCAUCCCCCGGUCGCAGCCAAAGUGGAGAAGGAGGAGAUGCCGACGACCCACAGCAGCGUGUCCUGCGUGUCCGGCCUGCAGCUCUCCUCCCUGUUGGUGGGACCAGUCGAAGGAGGAGGAUGUAGUGGAGGGGAGACCCCCACCAGCCUGGGCGAGAGGAGCGUCUUCAAACUCCGCGAAUCCGCCUCUGCUUGGCAAGAGGAGGGCGCCCCCGCCUUAGGGGGGGACAGGCCUGUCCUGAAGCGCUUUGAAGCCCGCUUCCUGGAAAACCUGGCUGCCUCCCAGAAGGAGAAGCUGAUUGCCAUCUCCCAGGGCCGGGCGGAAGUGCUGGCGGAGGCCGCUCCGGGCCCCGAGCAGCUCGGACCAGGAAGGUGGGGCGAAGGGGCCAACGAGGGAGAGCCACGGGCCCCGUCGGUUGCGGACCCCUGCCAUCCCCAAGAGGUCGAGGAGCCGUCCCCUGCCAGCCGUGGCCCCUCUCCGUUGAGCACCCCGUCUCCUCCUGAGAAGAAGAAGGGCCCCCCAUGCCAGCACCAGCAGCAUUCGCCUCCAUGGGCACAGCCCCCGCUCUUGCCCACAGAAGAGAACCGAGGGGUCCCACCUGAAGAAGAGGUCGCCCAGUUGCCGGCUGUCCGGGCGCUGAGGGCACAGUUCAGCCUGGAGGCCGAGUCCAGCCUGCAGAGCCUGGAGCGGACCUUGCUGGGCCCCUCCGGGAAGGACGCUGGGAGUCCCUCUGGCCCUCCGCCACUCAAGAUCCGGGACUUGGACUUCUCCGACUUGGGUGAAGAGGAAGACAAAGAUGUCAUAGAGGAGGAGGAGGAGGAGGAGGGGCUGAUCCCGUCCUGGGGGGCCACUGGGUUGGCCGGAAUCCCGCCCCCUCCACCCCCUCCCCUCCCUGGCUGCCCCCCUCCUCCGCCUCCCCCUCCCCUCCUCCCCCCCGGCCCCCCACCUUUGGCCCUCGGGCAGGACACUCCCUCUCUGGCCAAGAAGAAGAUGGUCAAGCUCUUCUGGAAGGAGAUCAAAGACCCCGAGGGCCAAGGCGGCGGAGGGCGUUUUGGGGCGGCCACGCUGUGGGCCUCCCUGGAGGCGGUGGAGGUGGACGCGGCCAAACUGGGGCACCUCUUCGAGUCCAAGGCCAAGGAGUCGCUCGGCAGCAAGAAAGCAGCAGAUGGGAAGAAGCUGCUGGUGGUGCUGGACCCCAAGCGGAGCAACGCCAUCAACAUUGGGCUGACCGUCCUGCCGCCCGUCCACAUCAUCAAGCAGGCCAUCCUCAACUUUGACGAGUUCGCCAUUAACAAGGAAGGGAUCGAGAAAAUCCUGACGAUGGUCCCGACGGAGGAGGAGCGGCAGCGGAUCCAGGAGGCUCAGCUGGGCAGCCCGGACCUCCCGCUGGGCUCGGCGGAGCAGUUCCUGCUGGCGCUCUCCUCCAUCGCCGAGCUCCAGGCACGGCUCCAGCUCUGGGCCUUCAAGCUGGACUACGACACCAUGGAGCAGGAGAUUGCAGAGCCGCUGUAUGACCUGAAGCUUGGGAUGGAGCAGCUGGCCCAAAACCGGACCUUCAAGUGCAUCCUUGCCACGCUCCUGGCCAUGGGCAACUUCCUGAACGGAUCCCAGAGCCGCGGCUUCGAGCUGAGCUACCUGGCCAAGGUCUCGGAGGUGAAGGACACCGUCCACCGGCAGACGCUGCUGCACCACCUCUGCCACUUCGUGGUGGAGAAGUUCCCGGACUCCACGGACCUCUACUCGGAGAUUCCCGCCAUCACGCGCUCUGCCAAGGUGGACUUUGAGGAGCUGGCGGAAGGGCUGCUGCAGCUGGAGCGGAGGUGCCGGGCUGCCUGGGAGAGCCUGAAGGCGGUGGCCAAGCAUGACCUCAAGCCGGCCCUGAAGGCCAAGCUGACCGACUUCCUGCAGGCCUCCACACAGAAGAUCAUCAUCCUCAAGGUGGUGCACAGGCGCGUCCUCAACAGGUUCCGCUCCUUCCUGCGCUUCCUGGGCUACGACUGGCGCUCAGCGCAGGAGCUGCGGACCACAGACUUCUGCCGGACGCUGCGGGAGUUUGCGCUGGAGUUCCGGACGUGUCGCGAGCGGGUCCUGCAGCAACGCAAGAAACGGGCGGCACAUCGCGAGCGGAGCAAGACUCGCGGGAGGAUGAUCACCGAGAUGGAGAGGUUCUCCGUCGCCCACAAGGCCGACGAAGAGGGCCCCCCGCCCGCCGUGCUCUCCGCCCGCCUCCAGCAGAAGGACGAAGCCGGGCACCAGAGCAUGGCCAGCAUCCUCAUCGCCCCCUCGGAGCCCUCCGGACGCCGGUCCCGGGGCAGCAGAGGUUUUUCCAAGCAGAGCUCCCCCAGCGCGGCCCCCGCCCAGCCAGAGGGGGAGGGGGAGCCCCCCCAGCGCAUGCCCCCCGUCGGCUCCCCUUCAGAGGAAGAGGAGGAGGAGAUCAUGGACCGGCUGGUCAAGUCCGUCACACAGAGCAGCCCUCCACGGCCGGGCGCUGGGAAGGAGCGCAAGCGGUCAAGGCUCAACCGCAAGUCCCUGAGGCGGACCCUGAAGAACGGCCUCAGCGAUGAGCUGGUGCAAGCCUUGGGCUUGGCGAAGGCAGCCGGGGUUGCAGUUUGAGGACGAGGAGGAGGAGGAUGCGGCGGUGACCGUGACGGCGCAGAGGAAGACCUGCUCUUUCCAAAGCCAGAAGGAAGAAGAGGAAGAAGAGGAGGCCCUGUGUUCAGAGGAGGGAGAUGGUCUGCAGCAGGCAUGGGCCAACUUCGGCCCUCCCUCCAGGUGUUUUGGACUACAACUCCCACAAUUCCUAACAGCCUUAUGGAAGUUGUAUUCCAAAACAGACCAGUGAGAGGUGCAGCUCUUUGGAUGCAUGGACUGGCCUGGCAUUGCUGCCUAUCUCUGCACGGAAUGGGCAGCCUUGGCCCGCCUUGGGUGCCUUUGUUUUCUCCGUUGCGCUUUCCCUGGUUCCAAACAGUAUUAUUAUGCGUGUGAGUUUGCGCGUCUUCCGCAUUUGCACAUUUUUUUUCCGUCCGUCCCUCAGGAACUGGGGGCAGGAGCGUGGGGGGGGGGGUGCCUUAACCAC